ACUAUCACAGUAGAGAUAGAGAGAAAAAGAUGCUCGAUUUCAAAACCAAAUGAUAUCAAGUCCCACUUGUUUUUCCCUCCAAAGUUCGUCAGUUUAAUCAAUUUUUACAAUUCGGAAGCUUCAGAUUUUGUUUUUCAAUUCAUCUUUCAGGAUGUUAAGGGAUUUCAAAUUCCUGCGUUCGAAUUCCGGGAAGAAAGAAGAGGCCGAGAACGUGCCGGUAAGCCUGAAGGACUUUUCGGCGAUCCGAGUCCGCUCAGAGUCUUCGAGAACUCCAUUUAACCCGAUUCAAGAUCCGGCCCAACUACCCAAGCCGGAACAAGAAGUGGGUAUUCGGACCAGGGUUGAAAAUACUCCAACCAAGGCUUCCAAGGCCAAAGUUUCGGAUCCGGCGUUGCCUCUUCGAACCCCCGAUAAGUAUGGUACCCCGAAGCGAUUUGGGUGGGCCCAAAAGACGGAACCCAGUAGUACGAUCGCCGGUGAUUCGCACGAGGACGGGGCUAAUUGUUCAACCCAAGUGAGCAGAGGGAGUGGCGGUGCUGGAAAUGGGGGUUUGGGAAAUGUGACUCCUCGGGUGAUGAGGACAGUUGGUAGAGCUGCUUCGAGUUAUUCGGGGAGUAAUUCAACGCAGACAACACCGUCCAAGACUGUGUCGAAGCCUCCGAAUGUGGGUUUUCAGAAUAAGGCUGAUGGAAGUGUUGGUCCUCGAGUAGGGAACUUUGCUGCAUUGUAUAAAGGGAUUCCCAUUUCUUACAGUCCGUAUACGGUGGUUAAUACAGUCGAAGUGCCUCACUUUGAUCUCAAGGAAGAUCCAUCUUUCUGGAUGGAUCACAAUGUACAGGUUCUCAUUCGUGUUCGUCCUCUCAAUAGCAUGGAGCGAAGUUUACAUGGUUACAGCAGGUGUUUGAAGCAAGAAAGUGCUCAGACAAUUUCCUGGAUUGGGCAACCAGAAAGUCGAUUUACAUUUGAUCAUGUAGCCUGUGAAACAGUUGACCAGCAAAUGCUUUUCAGGAUGGCUGGUCUACCCAUGGUAGAGAAUUGCUUGUCAGGAUAUAAUAGUUGUAUGUUUGCCUACGGUCAGACAGGAAGUGGAAAAACACAUACAAUGCUUGGGGAGAUUGAUGAUUUAGAAACGAAGCCCAGUCCAAAUCGUGGAAUGACACCCCGAAUUUUUGAGUUUUUAUUUGCAAGGAUCCAAGCUGAAGAGGAAAUCCGCAGGGAUGAGAAACUAAAAUACAAUUGCAAGUGCUCUUUCUUAGAAAUUUACAAUGAACAAAUUACGGAUCUCCUUGAUCCGUCAUCUACCAAUUUGCUUCUGCGGGAAGAUGUUAAGAAGGGUGUUUAUGUAGAAAAUCUUUCUGAAUUUGAAGUCUAUACUGUGAGCGAUAUCCUCAGGCUUCUCAUUCAGGGUUCUUCAAAUAGGAAAGUUGCUGCAACAAAUAUGAAUAGAGAAAGCAGUCGUUCGCACAGUGUCUUUACUUGUGUAAUUGAGAGUAGGUGGGAAAAAGAUUCCACAACUAACCUACGGUUUGCUAGACUAAACCUAGUUGAUCUGGCUGGUUCAGAAAGGCAGAAAACUUCUGGUGCGGAGGGUGAGCGGUUGAAGGAAGCUGCUAACAUUAAUAAAUCACUAUCUACACUAGGUCAUGUUAUAAUGGUUCUAGUGGAUAUGGCACAUGGGAAGUUGAAGCAUGUACCUUACAGAGACUCUAGGCUAACCUUCCUACUACAGGACUCACUUGGGGGAAACUCAAAAACAAUGAUCAUUGCAAAUGUCAGCCCAUCUAUCUGUUGUGCUGCUGAAACGCUGAGUACCCUUAAGUUUGCUCAGAGAGCAAAACUUAUUCAAAACAAUGCUGUGGUGAAUGAGGAUGCCACAGGCGACGUCAUGGCCCUACAACACCAAAUACGGCUCCUAAAGGAGCAACUUUCCAUUCUUAAGCGUCAUAAUGUCUCCCGACCUUUGUCGUUUCGUUCGACCAAUUUUGAAGACACACAAAGAGUCCGAAAAAUUGAUUGUGGUGAAAACUUAUGUGAUAUGGACCUAGAGUGCGAUGAUGAUUUUCUUGAAAAUCAAUCAAAAGGAGCUGUGAGACUUUCCACCAAAAAGUUAAAAUCUUUGGAGACAACGCUUGCGGGUGCCUUGAGAAGAGAGCAGAUGGCAGAAGCUACCAUCAAGCAACUUGAAGCUGAAAAUGAGCAGCUGAACCAUUUGGUUUGUCAAAGAGAGGAAGACACCAGGGGCACUAAAAUGAUGCUAAGGUUUCGAGAAGACAAAAUUCAGAAAAUGGAGUCACUUCUUAGUGGUUCUAUUCCCGUUGAGUCUUAUUUACUGGACGAGAACAGAGCACUCUCUGAAGAGAUUCAGCUAAUUCAAGCAAAACUUGAUAAGAAUCCUGAAGUCACUCGGUUUGCAUUGGAGAACAUAAGGCUUUUGGACCAACUUAGAAGAUUUGAAGAAUUUUAUGAAGAAGGAGAGAGAGAGAUGCUCUUGGACGAGGUAUCUAAACUGCGAGAUCAGUUGUUUCAAUUUCUUGAUGGACACUCUAAGCAGCAUGGCAACCCAAAUUUUAGUAUGAAAACUCAGGAAACCGUAUGCACCGACAGAGAUAGUGAUUCUCUCAAUAUGGAGUUAAAAAAUACUGUCCAUGAGUUAGAGGAAUGCAGGCGCAGCUUAAAUACUUGUUUGGAGGAAAAUGAAAAACUCAAUAGGGAAAUUGAUGAUCUGCAAACAAUGCUUAACAAGCUUAAGUGUACACCCAUUGACCAAAAUGAUUGUGUAGCUUUAAAGGUGCAUAAUGCUGUUCCCAUUGAGGAGAUGGAACCGAAGCUUGACCCUCGAAUAAAACAUGCACAAGAAAUUUUAAAUUUACAGCUGGAACUGGAUAUAGUGAAUAUCAUUUUGAAAGAAGAGAGGACUUCUCAAGAGGAGACGGUACAUUUCUUAAAUAAGGAUCUUCAGCUGGCAAAUGAAGAACUUUUUGUGAUAAGCAAACAGCGUAAUGAUGCAAGCAGCCAAUUGGAGGAGGCUAAAUCUGUUAUUGAAGCUCUCGAGUCUCAGCAACUUCUGUCAAUCAAUGAGCUUGAGGACCUGAGCAAGCUUUUGAGUGAACGGGAGCUUGAAUUGAGGGCUCUAAAGGAGCAACAGACCUUUAAGGAGUCUAGGGAUUUAUCACCUUCGAACUGCUCAAACAACCAAGACUCACCAUUACAGGGAAAUUUGAAGAGGAUGCUUGAUUCCCUUGAAAACGCCAAGAGACUGAAUAUGUGGUACCAAAGUGAUCGUGCAUUUCAAGUGUCAAAUGAAGAAGAAAUGGAUGAAGUGCAUAAGCAGGUUGAGACUGAAACUGCAGAGGUGAUUGUCUGUAUGCAGGAAGAACUUGGCAUGCUUCAGCAGCAAGUUCAAAAUGGCCAUUUAAAAGAAUUGGAGAUGAACAAAAAUGUAAUGAUGUUGGAAACGGAACUGAAGGAGGUGCAAGAAAAGUUUUUCAUGUUGAACGAAGAUAAUGAACGGUUAAGUAAAGAGCUUGAGGAGAAAGAUGGGGAAGUAAGAAUGUUGUCACAGGAAUGGACAUUAUUGUACAGUGAGAUUGAAGAGGUUCUGUCUGAUGGGUGUGAGGAACUAGAUGAUGCCUCUGAUCAACUUAACCUUAUAUCCGAUUCCUUUCCACGGAAAAGGAUUUGGAUCUCCGAACAAGUUGGAAGAAUCAUGCGAAUCAUCUCUGAAAAGGAAUUUUUGAUUGAUGAACUGAGGAAGUGUUUGGAGGAUGCAACCAACAAGAAAUGUGAUGUGGAGUGCAUGCUGAAUUCUAUGAGAGGAGCAACACUGGCUAUAACUGAAGCACAUGAACAGGAAUGUUGUGAAAAGGAGAAAGAAAUGCUCAUGUUGACAACACAGUUGAAUGCAAAGUCAUCGAGAGUGGAAAAGCUUGAGAAUCGAGUGAAGGUUCUUGAAGAGCAGAUCAGGAAAACGUCAGUCUGUGCAACAGUUGCUUUCGUUGUUGUGGACAGACUAGCAAAGAUGAAUCUUAGUAAUGAAGAUGCAUUAAAGUGUAAGAGUAUUCAGCUUAGUGAAUCAGAAGACUUGAUCUCAACGAAGGUUGCCAUUCUCAGUGAUCGGGAGUCUGUGAUAGCAGAAGCAGAGAUAAAAGUUCAGUCUUUAAAUGGGGAAGUUGAAGAGUUGAAGAGAACCUGUGCCAAUCUAAGACGGGAGCUUUCUGAGUAGCAGGAACAUGCAUUAACUAUAGAACAGAAGCUUGAAGAUGUCAAAGAGAAAAACAUUUUGAUGACAAUGGAGAAACUAGCUGAGCUAAAAACUGGCUUAUCCACAUUUAUGUCAUGCAUGAACACAAAUGUGGAGCAUCAUACAAGCUCUGAGGGGAAGGAUUCACAAGUAGCUUCUAUCUCCAAAGGAGAGGGUGGUGGAUGGAUAGCAACGGAAAAAAUUCUAGACCAGAACAGAAAUGAACAGUUUGUUGAAGACCUGAUAGCUGAUAAGCCUGAUAUGUCCGAGUGUUCUCUGGAAGUGGAGAAGAGUAUUUGUGCCAAUAUUACUCGAGAAAAUUUGAAGUCUGAAAGACCUUCCAAGGCUGCGAGUGGUAGAGAUGUUAUCAUUCUACUUCUGAAAAAAGAAAUAGUAACUACCUUUGAUAGCUUAAAAGAGGUACACACUGAGAUGGACAAACUACGUGAAGAGAACAAACUGAUGUGCAAGUCUGAGCAACAGAAUCACGAAAGCAUGGAACAUCUCAGAACUCAGGUCAUUAAUCUGCAUUCAACUAUGAACAACUCAGAGAAGCAAUUGAAAGUGAAGUUGGAAGCUCAAGAUCAUAAACUGGAGGCAUGUCAACAGAUUGUGCAGGAAGCUGGGUCAUGGUGCCAAACAAAAGAGGUAAUACGUUGGAUUUCCAAAUUCAAAUAAUUGUUGUUUCUUGGUUAAGCUUUACCCUAUUCUCUGACUAAGACUUCUGUUUAUCAUGUGUACCAGAAAAGCAAUAACAACCUUAUGAGAUAGUGAAAAUACCUGUUGAUUCCUGAAUCCAUUGUCCUUGCCCAACCUCUUUUGUUUUCACAUGUUGUUCAUAAUCAUAAAUUUAUAGGUUUAACUCACUCGUAUGUAUAUACUUCCAUUCAAGGACUUUACCAUCUUCUUUUUUUUCCCAUCUCACAGAUGAUGGAAAUAGAAUUUGAUAAUGCAAAGUUAGUUGCAGGCCAGAAAACUGCUCGGUUCUCUUGCAUUCUUCCUAAGUUUGAGGAGAUUGAACUGCUUGGAGAUGGAAAAUGAGUCCUUUAAAACUGAGAUAGAGAAGUUAAAUUCAGAACACAACAUGGCUCUUAGAAACUUGGAGAAUAAUUCUGAGUUUUCAUCCUCAUUAAGUGGUAUAAAUGUCUUUGACAAAGAAAACUGCCGGUUGCAAGAUGAAAUUUUGUCUUUGGAGACUCACAUGGCUAAUCUGGAAACUCAUUUAAGGGCAAAAAGUGCUGAACUGGAUGAACUCAAACAAUCAGAGUCUUCUAUUAUGGAAGAACUCUGCUCAAAAAGCCAGGGAUGCAAAUAUUUGUUAGUAGUACUAACAAACUGAAGGAAGAGAAUGUUCUCUUCGGGGAAAAAGUUGUCUCUUGAGAAAAGCAAGGGGAACUCCUCACCAUUUUGAGUGCGAAAGCUAAGAAGUGUAUUGAUUCAGUGGAAACUGUGAACUCAGCGAAUAACAGAUUACAAAAUAUUUUAAAGGAAGAACCAUUUGUUAUUGUCAAAAAAUUGUCUCAAGAACUAUGUGAAGCUGGAGAGAGAAUAUCUGAGUUUAUACAGGAGGUCAACUGCUUAGAGUGCCAUGCUAAGGAGCUGGUGUUUGAAAAUUUGUCUCUUCAGGCUGAGUUAGUGAGGAAGGAAGAUGUUCUUAAAGGAAUGUUAUUUGAUCUGAGUUUGUUGCAGGAAUCUGCAUCUAAUAACAAGGAUCACCAAGAUGAAAUUGUGGAAAUGGAAUAUUCUUGGAGACUUUAGAGGGUAAGCUUUCAGCAAAAUGAAAGAAAACGAGUUUCUAAAAUGUCUGUCUAGUGAAAACCCUUUUUGUCGAUUUUGAUAAGGAGCAACGAUUGGAUGCAAAACUAAAGGAAACUGAGGAGGAGAAGUUGCAACUAGCACAGAAAUUGUUAGGCCUCUGUACACGUUUUGAAGGCUGCUGGAGUAACAAAACAAUCUACACAAAUAAACCCGUCUGCUGCUGAAGAGGCACUCGAGCAACUCAAGAACAAGCUUACUCCAAUGGAUAGAGAAUUGCAGGAUUUGAAGUUUACG